AUGAAAAUUAUUAUUCUUUGCUUAUUAUUAUUUGUUGUUCAAUCUCAAUUAUCAAAACAAACAAUAACACACAAAGUGAAGAUUGGUGUUACAAUUGAUAGAAGAAAGUAAGGAGAAAUCACUCUGGGUUUGUUUGGAAAUGUAGUACCUAAAACAGUCGAAAAUUUCAGAGCUUUAUGUACUGGCGAGAAGGAAGGAAAAGGCUAUGUGGGUUCAACAUUUCAUAGAAUUAUUCCUUAUUUCAUGAUUUAGGGUGGUGAUUUUACUAAAGGAAAUGGUACUGGAGGAGAAUCGAUUUAUGGAUUAAAAUUUGAAGAUGAAAAUUUUAUCUUAAAUCAUGAAGUUGGAUGUAUUUCAAUGGCAAACGCAGGGCCAAAUACAAAUGGAAGUCAAUUCUUUAUUACAACUGCUGAAACUAAUUGGGUAUUAUUAUAUACUAGGAGUUAUUAGUUAAAUGGAAAACAUGUAGUUUUUGGAAGAGUCAUAGAAAAUAUGGAAUUAGUAAAAAAGAUUGAAUCUAAAGGAUAAUAAAGUGGAAAACCAAAGGCUAAUGUUGUAUUUUCCAGUUGCAGUGUUGAGGUUGUUAAAGAAGAUUUAUGAUGAGUUAUAGUAGAG